GAGAGGCACCGAGGAGGGGGGCCUGGCCGCGGAGGGCGCUGCCCUGGCUCUGGUCCUCGGGCCCGGGCUGCGGACUAUCCGGGCCGCCGCGGCUUCACCCGAGGCCUCUCGGGCUGCAUCGCCCUCCUGCCGCCGUGACUUAGCAAGAAAAGUAUUCUUGGGUGGGAAGGGCGUGGGGAGCAGGUCGCUCUCUGAUCUUGGGGAAAGGGCCCAGCCCUCCUGGGCCGCGGAAGCGAGCCCCGCAGUCCCCACCCCUCCCCGGUCUGGCGGCUCGCCGUCGGGGCUCCGGCAGCCACUUCCAGGCGUCCGGUUCCCCACCUGUCCUUAGCUUGGGGGUCGACCUAAGGAGGAUGGCCCGCCGCCUAGCCCCUGGGCCCCCCGGUGCGGUGGUGGUUCAGCCUCUACACUCAGUAAAGAUCUGCAGCAUCCACCCUUCAAAUCGAGCAGGAUUUUCCUUUUUGCCACUGGCUUCUUGCACGGGAAUUGCCUUUUGACGUUGCUAACACUGAGCAGCUCCGAGGCCUUCUGCCAUUCCCUUCAUCCCGUGUCUCCACUCCAUUAGGAAACGCUGUGAUUAUUUAUUUACCCUCUCAGGUGGAAUGAACGUUACUUGUUGACUAUUUCCUGGUUGCUGAUUCGAUUCACUUGAUAAAGAAUCAUUUUUCCUCUCUGUGGCUGCCACUUAGUGGCAUAUUUAAUUGAAAUCCAGGGAUCACAAAACUUUCGAUUUUUCUGGAGGGACAUACCACUAUAUCAAAUAAGUUUGAUAUUGCAGCCAAAAUGGUGCUGUCCCAGAGACAACGAGAUGAACUAAAUCGAGCUAUAGCAGAUUAUCUUCGUUCAAAUGGCUAUGAAGAGGCAUAUUCUGUUUUUAAAAAGGAAGCUGAAUUAGAUAUGAAUGAAGAAUUAGAUAAAAAGUAUGCUGGUCUUUUGGAAAAAAAAUGGACAUCUGUUAUUAGAUUACAAAAAAAGGUUAUGGAAUUAGAAUCAAAACUAAAUGAAGCAAAAGAAGAAUUUACGUCGGGUGGUCCUCUUGGUCAGAAACGAGACCCAAAAGAAUGGAUUCCCCGUCCACCAGAGAAAUAUGCGUUGAGUGGUCAUAGGAGUCCAGUCACUCGAGUUAUUUUUCAUCCUGUGUUCAGUGUUAUGGUCUCUGCUUCAGAAGAUGCUACAAUUAAGGUGUGGGACUAUGAGACUGGAGAUUUUGAACGAACUCUCAAGGGGCACACAGACUCUGUACAGGACAUUUCCUUUGACCACAGUGGCAAGCUUCUGGCUUCCUGUUCUGCAGACAUGACAAUUAAACUAUGGGAUUUUCAGGGCUUUGAAUGCAUUAAAACCAUGCAUGGCCAUGACCACAAUGUCUCUUCAGUAGCCAUCAUGCCUAAUGGAGAUCAUAUAGUGUCUGCCUCAAGGGAUAAAAGUAUAAAAAUGUGGGAAGUGCAAACUGGCUACUGUGUGAAGACAUUUACAGGACACAGAGAAUGGGUACGUAUGGUGCGGCCAAAUCAAGAUGGCACUCUGAUAGCCAGCUGUUCCAAUGACCAGACUGUGCGUGUAUGGGUUGUAGCAACAAAGGAAUGCAAGGCAGAGCUCCGAGAACAUGAACAUGUGGUAGAAUGCAUUUCCUGGGCUCCAGAAAGUUCAUAUUCUUCCAUCUCUGAAGCAACAGGAUCUGAGACUAAAAAAAGUGGCAAGCCUGGACCCUUCUUGCUAUCUGGUUCCAGAGACAAAACUAUUAAGAUGUGGGACGUCAGUACUGGCAUGUGCCUUAUGACUCUUGUGGGUCAUGAUAAUUGGGUACGUGGAGUUCUGUUCCAUUCUGGGGGGAAGUUUAUUUUGAGUUGUGCUGAUGACAAGACUCUCCGUGUAUGGGAUUACAAGAACAAGCGAUGCAUGAAGACCCUCAAUGCGCAUGAACACUUUGUUACCUCCUUGGAUUUCCACAAGACGGCACCCUAUGUGGUUACUGGCAGUGUAGAUCAAACAGUAAAGGUGUGGGAGUGCCGUUGAUUGAGUCUCAUUUGGUUCUUCCUCCCUUUUUUUCCUCUGGAUGCACUCUGAUGAUAUACCAUGGUUACCCCAUUUGAGCUCUGUUUAAAUAAAUAUUGUCCUUUCAUGUAAAUUAUUCUGGAUGUAGAUUGAGCUUAUUAAAUGUUACACACAAAGUAUUCAUGCAUGGUGAAUCCAAAUUGUAUACUGUAAAUUACAUAUGUUGUCUAGAAGUACCAUAGGGUUUAAAAACCUGGGCUGGCAUUGGUCACACCAGGCCUACAAGGGCAGAAGUUGAAUAAAUUGAACUAGGGCACUAAACUGAAUAGUUGACAGUGUCGUUUUAUGUUGGAUUAUUAAUUAUUGUUUUUCUUCCUGCUAUCUGUUGGUGCCUGACUUGAUGGCCUCAUUUUGGGAAAAGUUGUGGUUAUUAGGGCUUUUUCUGAAAUGUGUAUCUAUGUAACAUCACUUAAGUGUGCUUAAUAAAUCUUUAAGGGUGUUAGGUAAAUAAGACUACAAUUCAAAAUCUUUUGCUCCAUCUGUGUAAUUAAUGGGGAUUACACAUUGAAGUUUUUGUCAUGACCCCUUUGCCAAAUCAAUAGGAUAUGUUUGUUUUGGCAGUCUAUCAAGCAAAGGCUAGUGGUAUAUUUAUGUAAGAAAAUGAUCGUAACUCUCAAGAAAAAUCUCAGCAGCUAAUAAUAGUGAAUCCUUUUUUCAUUUGGGUCUUACUGCUUUGUAAACAGGUCAGGAGAACCUAAGCUUCUCUCCACACUAGACAUACUUCGAGUUGUAUUCUCCAUACUGUUGGACUGUAUAGUCAUGUGACUCCCCAGUAGAAUUUGAUCUUCCCAUUGAGUGUCAUGGUACAAAUAAAUCACUGUGUUUAUGAUGUUUUUAGGGAUGUGCAAUGUGCAUUUCAGAAUGACAAAUACUGACAAAGUUGUGUGCCCUUUUAAAGGAGCAAGAAAAACAGCAGUUUUCAACAUGAACCUGAACUGCUUCACUUAAAGUUAUAUAAAGUGACAGGGUUUAAUGAAGCGUGCAUAAAAAUAAACUGGGUUUUUUCAUCUUUGUUUAUAUGUAAAUGUUUAAGUAUAUGGACCUAUCUGUAAGUGGAUAUGUCUAUAUAUGUAUAUCACACAUACAACCUCCAUGUUGUUGGGUCUUGAAUUUUUGAAGAAGUGCUAAAUCAUAUGAGUAGAGUAAAUCUUGCUGUGGAUUACCAACCACAGCCAUGCUUUUGAUGCUUCUGGCUCUGAGGGGCUUUUCCAAGCUAAAAGAAAGCCACCUCCUUUAUUCUCCACUCUAAUGUGGCCAUUCACCGUUUUAUACAUCCCUGAUAUGUUGUAUAUUUUGAUCCAAAGUUACUACAGUAGAGAAUUUUGCCCAUGACUUUUGGAACACUGUUCCAUUAUCAGUUGUUAAUAAAGAAUUCCAUUGCCUAGUUAACCAACUUUUUCUUCUUAAGAAAAUCAGUUUCAAAAGUUAACAGAAACAAUGAAAUAACAGUGACAGUUUAACAAUGAUAAUUUUUAUUCAUUUUUGUAAUAUAUGAUUUUUUAAAAAAUGUCCCUUUAAGUAUUUAAAGGAAAUUUGAUUCCUGAAAGGACAAAGAUGAGAGUUAAUGUCCCUGUAGAUAUACACAGAGGUUAGAUCACUAGGAACAGCUUAAUGUCUAGCAUGUGUCCUUUUGUUCAUUCACUUGUUUGCUCUUAAUACUCCUCAGACGUGUCUCCAGAAAGGAAAAGUGUUUUGAGAAUUAAAUGGCUAUUUUUGAGGACAAAAACUCAAUCUUGAUUCAGCAAACACUGUAGGUUCGUUUUAAGGGCAACAUUGCCUCACACCCCUGCUUACAUUGAAGUCUUUUUUUCCCUUAGGUGUUCCGACUGGAUUUUUCUCCAAAAGCUAUGGAAAAUAUCUUUGUUCUCAUUUGCUGCUAUUUCUUGUCCUAUUUCAAGAAUAUAAAUACAUAGAAAUGGUGCAUCUUAACAUUUGUGUUUAAAUGUCUUGUCUUUUAAUUCAGUUUUAGCAUGUAGCAACAUAAAUUAAGGGUAAGCCACAACAUCUAGACAUCAUUUAUAGAAACAGUAAAGAAUGGUACCAAUGUAGAGGAGCAAAGCUGCUGUUCUGGGUUUCUUCCCCUGCAGCAGUGACUCACUGACAAGGGAGGAGGGAGUACUCUGUAACAAAGUUGUCCUUACUUGGGAGAUCACCACAGCCUGCUGCUUAGCUGAGUUAUUAGACAUCCUCCACUUAAGCAGCAGCAAACAAUGAAUCUCAGGGAUGGUCCACAGCUGGAUCCAAACAUAAGGAGCCCUGUUUGAGUAAUGAAGGGGGUGGGGGGAGGGGGCAACAUCCACAUCUGGCAUCAGAUUUGCAAAGGUUUCUUGCACUGUUGACACUGCCCUGUUGAUGCCCUUACUUUUAUGUUACUGUUUUCUCUGCUGUCUACCCCUGUGCCUUGCCUGGGAUAAGGACAAUGAUAAAAUUACUGGUUUGGGUUAUAAGUAGAGGACUUUAUGAAUUAGCGGUUCACUGCUGCUUUGUUACUUUCUCAGUCAGAUUGGCCACUUACUAAGAAACAAAAAGCCGGUAGAAUUGUGUCCUAGGAUGAUUGUUGACUGUGUGUAAACAGACAUUCCAGUGCCACCUAUAGCACAGCGUGCCCAAAAGUCCCAACCGCAUGGAGAGUGCAAGCUGCAGAAGUUUGUGUAGACAUGGCCUGGAGAAUAGUUGCUUUUGACUUGGCAUCUUGCACUUUAGGAAACAAGACCGUCCUGUCUGCAUGUGGUGUGACCAAUGGUGUGCCUAGAGCAUUACCCACAAUUGCUAGUGUUAGCAAUCCGUCCUGGGCCAUGGCGCACUGUAGUCCUUUGGAAGCUUUGACUAUAGGCUCACCAAGCCCAGUAUCCUGUUUGCCUCUUUCUGUUUCCAUGUGAAUUUCCAGAUAAUACCACUAACUAAAAAGUUUAUUUUUAUUUUUUUUUAAUUUAAAGAAAAACUAUUUAAAAAUAAGGACAUUUUGUUUGUUGGCAGUGGUGGCUUGAUAAUCCUUAAGCAACUGAAGUUGAAAUAGAAGGAAAAGGCACUUAAAAUGGUUACUCCUGCUGUCCAGCUGUAUAUAAAUAAAGUCAAUGUGUUGGUUAAUCUAGAUGGUGCACAGAAUGUCCUGGUAGACAAGCAACAUGGGCAAAAUUGGAAGAAAGGUUUUGGGUUUUUCCAGUGGGCUGGGUGGGGUGGGCUGGGGACGCUGGACUCACAAGUCACGACUGGAACUGGCCUUUUUAUCCUUCCACUGUAUUAUGUAAGUAGCUGCUUUCUCGCCUGCCUAUCCUUCAGGCUCCCCAAAGCUCACUCUGAAGAUGUUAGAAAUAAACACAAACUCUACAAGGUAGAAAUUGAUCCUGACACUGACAUGAAGGCAAGCGCUGAUUUCAUAUGAACGUUGCGGAGGUGGUAAUCGGAGGAUACAGUUCCCCAGAUUGUAAGAGUUCACUGAAGAUAUCGACACAAUUUUAAAAAUCAGUAAAGGAAUGUAUAUAAUAUUGCUCUUGUGUUUUACAGUAAGAUUUGUUGCUCUCAGACUGUGUAAAACAAAAUUUAUUCAUGUUUUCUGCAUAUUAAAAAUCUUAUUGUACCAAUUGGUAAACUAUUAAAUGCCUAUAAAACUAGAUGUGCUGGGGUUUU